GGCCCCUAUAAAAGACAUGCCCGCACGUACAGCGACUGGUAUGCAUACGUGGGAUGUAUAUGCGUCGAGAUCAGCGCGCGUACGGCGGCUUUCGCAAUGUUAGGCGGCAGUGUGGUGCAGACAGGGCUGCAUAGCUGGCCCAUAGCGGGCACCGUGGGCGCCAGCGCCACGAUCCGACCCUCACUUUACAAAUGCUGUCAUAGCGGCCCUGUACCGUAUACCGGUUGUCCGCUCUGUGUUCGUUUCCUCAUCAGCCCACGGAUACGUUGCGAGUCCAUUUCCACGACCCUAUCGCAAGGCUAACAACGCGCGACUGCACAAACAAACGACCCCACUACUUUGCCCUGCCCCUCCACCGCCCGCUCCACCCCACCAUCAACUCACAUUAUCACCGUGCGCACAAUGGGAAAACCGCCGAAUCUAUACGCCUUCCAGGGCAUCGACGAGCUUGCGCCGAGCCUCCGCACAUACGUCCUCGACGCGCAGAAUGCCGCGAUAAGCCGCCAUGGAGUCUUCCGCGUCGCCGUCUCCGGCGGCUCGCUGCCCAAGGUUCUGGGCCAAGCGCUUCUGAAGGAGACCAACGGUGACGGCAAGGUCCAGUUCGACAAGUGGGAGAUUUUCUACGCCGAUGAGCGGCUCGUCCCUCUCGACCACGAAGACAGCAAUCACCGACUGGUCAAGGCGGAAAUUCUGGAUAAGAUCCCCGCCGAGCUCGGCGAGCCUAAGGUCUUCCCAAUCGAUGUGAAGUACCUUGACGAUGCGCAGGAACUCGCAGAUCAGUAUGAGCAGACCCUUGUCAGCGUCUUUGCGGCGCGAGACAGCGUGCGACUACCUAUGUUCGACCUGCUGUUGUUGGGAUGUGGACCCGAUGGCCACACCUGCAGCCUUUUCCCUGGCUCUCCGCUUCUGCGCGAAACCGAGGCGUGGAUUCUUAAGAUCGAGGACUCGCCAAAGCCCCCGCCGAAACGCAUCACGCUCUCGCUGCCGGUCGUGACGCACGGCAUCAAGAUCGCCUUUGUCGCUACUGGCGGAGGAAAGAAGGAAAUCAUGAAGGACAUAUUCGACAAGGACGAUGGACGGGAAUUGCCUUGCGGGCUGGUCAACGCGCAAGCGCAGGAAAGAGUCAGCUGGUUUGUCGACUAUCCGGCCAUCGAAGGGGUUUCUUUCCCCGCCCGCCGGGGCAGUCUCUAGUGGAGGCCUGCCUAGGCGAAGCGAGAGAGCCCGAGUUGAAAUGAUGGCAAGCGAAGGAAGGUCUUAGUCUUCGAUUGCUAGCUAUGCUUGACGUCAAGCAAUUUGGUGUGGUGCUGGACGUUCACUCGGAAUACGUCACCCUGCAAGCACCUAGCACAGCACUCUUUCCGCUUGGUAAAGGCGGGAUAGAAUUUCAAUCACCAUAGAAUACCAUCUAUUAAGUCUUUCAAGCUCAGUAGCUGCAGCACUCUCCGAGUGGUGAACACCCGCUUAGUCAGCUAAGAUAAGAUAAGAUCGCAUUGACAACC